GAUUUUUCCCCCCGAGUAUCAUUCCAGUAAAUCUAUAUCGACACAGCCACUUGUGCAUCGCCAAGCUUGCUGGAGAGAGAGAGAGAGAGGGAGAGGGAGGGAGGGAGGGUUGCAGAGAUGGUGGUGGAGAGAGACAUAGACGACCUACCGAAGAACGCAGCUAACUACACAGCACUCACACCACUGUGGUUUCUAGAGCGAGCAGCUACCGUGCAUCCCCACCGCAAAUCCCUGGUCCAUGGAUCUCUGCACUACACCUGGCUCCACACCUACCACCGUUGCCGUCGAUUGGCCUCCGCUCUCUCCCAUCGCUCCCUCGGCUUCGGCAGCACUGUGGCAGUAAUUGCCCCAAACAUUCCAGCCCUCUAUGAAGCUCAUUUUGGAGUACCAAUGUCUGGAGCUGUUAUAAACCCCAUCAACAUUCGUCUAAAUGCAUCAACGGUUGCUUUUCUUUUGGAACAUUCAUCAUCUGCUGUUGUAAUGGUGGAUCAAGAGUUUUUCCCCUUGGCAGAGGAAGCCUUGAAAAUUUGGCAAGAGAAAAGCAAAACUAGUUUUGUGCCUCCGCUUCUCAUUGUCAUAGCCGAUGAAAGUUGUGAACCAAAGUCACUCAAAUAUGCUUUAGGAAGAGGGGCAAUUGAAUAUGAAAAGUUCUUGGAAACUGGUGACCCCGAGUUUGCUUGGAAACCACCGCAGGAUGAGUGGCAUAGUAUUUCUUUGGGAUACACUUCUGGUACAACUGCUAGUCCUAAAGGGGUGGUGUUGCACCAUCGAGGAGCAUAUCUCAUGUCUCUGAGUGGAGCGUUGGUAUGGGGAAUGAAUGAAGGGGCUGUAUACCUAUGGACUUUGCCAAUGUUUCAUUGUAAUGGUUGGUGUUACAUUUGGACACUUGCAGCUCUUUGUGGGACAAGCAUAUGUCUUCGACAGGUCACAGCAAAGGCAGUUUAUUCGGCCAUUGCUGAACACGGGGUAACCCAUUUCUGUGCUGCGCCGGUUGUGCUCAACACAAUAGUAAAUGCUUCACCAGAUGAGACCAUCCUUCCCCUGCCUCAUGUUGUCCACGUAAUGACAGCCGGUGCGGCCCCACCCCCUUCUGUUCUCUCGGCAAUGUCUCAAUGUGGGUUCCGCGUCACCCACACUUACGGCCUCUCAGAAACCUAUGGCCCAUCCACUGUCUGUGCAUGGAAGCCCGAAUGGGACCAACUUCCCAUAGAGUCCCAAGCCCGACUUAAAGCCCGCCAAGGUGUUCGAUACGUUGGCUUAGAGAACCUUGAUGUUGUCAACACCGUAAACAUGGUACCAGUUCCCGCGGAUGGAACCACAGUUGGGGAGAUUGUGAUGAGGGGUAAUGGUGUAAUGAAAGGUUACUUGAAGAACCCUAAAGCAAAUGCCGAGGCUUUUGCAAAUGGGUGGUUUCACUCUGGGGACCUUGGAGUAAAGCACCCAGAUGGGUAUAUAGAAAUUAAAGACAGAUCGAAGGAUAUUAUUAUAUCCGGAGGUGAAAAUAUUAGUAGUGUGGAGGUAGAAAAUAUGUUGUAUACGCAUCCGGCAAUUUUGGAAGCAGCGGUGGUGGCUAGGGCGGAUGAGCGGUGGGGGGAGUCCCCUUGUGCUUUUGUGAUGCUGAAGAAAGGGUUUGAGAAAUCGGAUGAGCCGCGUUUGGCAGAGGAUAUAAUGAAGUUUUGCCGGUCUAAGAUGCCGGCCUUUUGGGUUCCGAAGUCGGUGGUGUUUGGACCUCUGCCCAAGACGGCUACUGGUAAGGUACAGAAGCAUCUGCUUAGGGCCAAGGCUAAGGAGAUGGGACCUCUCAAGAAGAGUAGGUUAUAAUCCUACAUUGGCAUCGAAGUAUCUAAUUAAAGGGUAGUAAUGCUACAGAUUCAGAACAUUUACCGGAAAGUCAGCAUUGCCUUCAUCCUGGUGGACUGCAAAGCUGCCAACCGACAUUCUCGCCACUUUUUCUGGAAAGUUUGGGGCACAUAGUGUAUUUUUAAGGUAUGAUACUGUUAUUUUUGCGUCUGUUGUGGGCAUAUAUAAGCCCUUAUGUUGUA